AUGGUAGCAGGUGAUAUGGAUCAACAAAGAUUAUUAAAUAAACAAGCUGAAUGGGCUAUUACUAUGAAUGAACAACGUCGAGCUGCGGAAUUAUUUAUUGCUGCAAAUGAUUAUCAAAAAGCAAUUGAUUUAGCUGGAAAAAAUAAAUGGGUCGAUUUAUUAGCAUCAAUAACAAGUAAAUUAGAUAAAUCUCAAAUUGAUUUGUUACGACGUUGUGCACGUUAUUUUGUUGAAAUGAAACAAUAUACAUAUGCUGCUGAUGUUUAUGAAAAAAUGGGUGAUAUUAAAUCUUUACUUGAUAUGCGUGUUAUUUUAUCUCAAUGGGAUGAAGUAUUUAUCUUAGUUCGUCGUUAUCCAACAUAUGCAUCUGAUGCAUAUUAUCAUUAUGGUCAAUAUUUAGCUGAACAUGAUCGUUUUGUUGAUGCUCAACGUGCAUUUCAUAAAGCUGGUCGUGUUAAUGAAGCACGAAAUGUUUUACAAGCGUUAACAAAUAAUGCUGUUAAUGAAACACGUUUUAAUGAUGCUGGAUAUUAUAAUUGGUUAUUAUCAAAAGAAUAUUUAACAGCAUUAAGUGAAACAUUAAAUGAUGAUUUACGUACUGAUUUAUUUAAACGUUAUCAUCGUUGUUCAUUAUUAGCUGAUCUUUAUUAUGCAUAUCAAUAUAUAUAUGAAUAUACAACUGAACCAUUUGUUGAUACACCACCUGUUAUAUUAUUUAAUAUAGCACGUUUUAUAUAUCAUAAAUUAGCUAAUUUAGCUGGUGAUAUACCAGCAGCAUUAUCAAAAUUUCGUACAUGUUAUGCUGCAUGUAAAAUAGCAAAAAUAUUAAAUGCUAAUAAAUUUAGUCGACAAAUGAUUUAUUUAAUGCGUGAUUUAACAUUUACACAUAAUUUAGGUAAUAAACGAAUUGAAAUUGAACAAUUAGCAUUAGAAAUGGAAGCACGAACAUUUAGUGAUGAUCAUGAAUUAUUACCUUUAUGUUAUCGUUGUUCACAUCAUAAUGAAUUAUUAAAUGCACGUGGAAAUGAAUGUUCAAGUUGUGGAAGUCCAUUUGUAAGUUAA